UGAGCCCUGGGCGGGGUCGAGAUGCCGUCGGAGCGGUAUCGCUGGGAGACCCUGGAGGCGCUGAAGGGCUCCAGCAAGGGGCAGCUGAGCUACUCGCGGGACUGGCUGCUGCGGGGUGAGGAUAUUUUGGAAGGAUGCAAGUCCCCUCCCAAGUUGUCAUCCUACUCUGGCUGGGUGCUGGAUCGAGUGAUCUCCCAGUCUCUACAGGAAACACCUCUCUCCCGAAGUCCAACACCCAGUGAAUCAAUUUCCUAUACAGAUGACCAGCUGCCCUCCCUUGCAAAGACCACUUCUGUCGGCCAGCUGGGCUCCUCACCACUUUCAUCUGCAGCACCCAGUGAAACAAAGGGCAAUGAAGAUCUUAGUCUGCUGGAGACAGACCAUGAAGUCCAUCUUAUGGUUCUACCAUCUAAAGUUACAGAAGUGGAAGGCUGCAUAUGGAUGUACGAGGAGGUCCAUAGGUUGAAAGGAAAGGAGGGGCUCAGGCAGCGGCAGGAGCAACAAGAGCAGGUGGUGAGGGCGGUUUCUGACAUGGCGAGUGAGCAGCUGAAACGCUUUGAUGAGCUGAAGGAAUUAAAACAGCACCAGGAAUACCAGGACCUGCAGGAAGUGAUGGAGAAGAGCUCCAGGGAGGCCCAGGGUCAGCAGGAGAAGUUGAAAGAGGAACAUCGACACAGAGCAAAGAUUUUAAACCUGAAACUUCGUGAAGCAGAACAGCAGCGUCAGCGUCAGGAGGAGUUGGAGCGUCUGCGCAAGGAAGAAGGCCAGGAAAGGUUGCGUCGCCUCUAUUCCAUCCAGGAAGAGGUGCUGCAGCUUAACCAACAGAUUGACCCCAACUACAGACAUAAAGACUUGCCAAGGAUAGAUCUCUCAGGGUUCAGUAACCGUGGCAACCAGAUCUGCGGGCUUGUGUCAGGGCUCAUUCGCACCACUAGUGAGAGAGGUUUCCCUACUCAGGUAGAUGUAGCCAACACUGAGCGAGCACUGCAGGAAAUGCGAGGGUUAAUAUCUAGCAUGCAACAAGAAAUUGCCACAGCUUUGGAAGAGAAAAGGAAGCGGGAUGAAGAAGAGGAGAGAGAGAGGCAGAAGGAGUUACAGAAACAAGAGCAGAUGAAGACCCAGACUCCAGUCCCUGCACAACAUCCACGGGGAAAAGAGCAGAAGGAAGUAUUAGGACUUCAGGUUAAGGCAGAGGAGAGCACAAUGCAGUGGUACCAGCAAUUGCAGGAUGCCUCUGACCAGUGUGUUGCUUCCUUUAGUGGACUGACUGACUGCAAAGACAAUCAGGUGAAGCAUAUCAGAAUGGAUCUCCAGAAAGCAGCCAGCAUCCCUGUGAGCCAGAUUUCUUCCAUAGCAGGCUCUCAGCUAAGAGAGAUAUUUGACAAAAUCAAUAACCUUCUCUCUGGAAAGUCUGUUCAGUCUGGAGGACGAACUGUGUCAGUGACUCAACAUCCACAGGGUCUGGAUUUUGUUUAUUACAAACUGGCGGAGAAAUUUGUGAAACAAGGAGAGGAGGAAGUGGCUUCUCACCACGAGGCAGCUUUCCCAAUUGCUGUGGUGGCUUCAGGAAUCUGGGAAUUACACCCCAGGGUGGGAGACUUCAUUUUAGCUCACCUGCACAAAAAGUGCCCCUACUCUGUACCAUUUUAUCCUGCGUUCAAGGAGGGGACUCCCAUAGAAGAGUAUCAGAGGAUACUUGGUUAUCAAGUUAAGGAUUCCAAGAUAGAGCAGCAGGAUAAUUUUCUUAAACGGAUGUCUGGAAUGAUCCGUCUUUAUGCUGCUAUCAUUCAACUACGGUGGCCUUAUGGAAACAAACAAGUGAGUCACCCUCAUGGGCUGGGCCAUGGAUGGCGCUGGCUGGCUCAAAUGUUGAACAUGGAGCCUCUCUCUGAUGUGACAGCUACGCUUCUCUUUGAUUUCUUAGAGGUGUGUGGCAAUGCGCUUAUGAAACACUACCAGGUCCAGUUCUGGAAGAUGCUGCUACUUAUCAGAGAAGACUAUUUUCACAGGUAUGACACA